UGUGGUAAUUUAGUUUGGAAGCAUUUCAUUUGAUUUCAUCUGUCCUUUGUUUUGUUAUGAUAGUAUUACAAGAAAUAAAAUGAAGACAACACAAAAAACAGGUUUGACCGGUCACAUAAUUUAGAUAUUAUGGAUCAGAGAAGAUUUAUUUUACUUUAAGAUAACAAAUUGAGAAAUAGAUGAUCCAGCAACCAAUGUGAUCCAUCUUCACUUUCCCUUAGGAUUUUCAAAACUUUGCUGACAAGAAAAGCCAUGCUCACCUGUUUCUACAGCUCUGGAAAUAAUCUACCUAAUCUAUACAUUCAGCUACAGAGAUUGGCUCCUCAUUGACCAAUGAGAACGAGCGGAGAGCAGAGCAGCUCUCCUGACUGUGGAUAUAAACCAGGGCUCCAGGUGAAGUCCUCUCAUCGACAGGAUCACACAGCAACCAUGAGGUGUCUCGUCUUCGUUCUGCUCGUCGGAGCUGCCUUUGCCCUGGAUGACGACAAGAUCGUCGGAGGCUAUGAGUGCCAGGCCCACUCCCAGCCCCAUCAGGUGUCUCUGAACGCUGGCUACCACUUCUGUGGUGGCUCCCUGGUCAACGAGAACUGGGUUGUGUCUGCUGCUCACUGCUACAAGUCCCGUGUUGAGGUGCGUCUUGGAGAGCAUGAUAUCUACAUGAACGAGGGCACCGAGCAGUUCAUCAGAUCUUCCCGUGUCAUCCGCCACCCCAAGUACAGCUCCUACAACAUCAACAACGACAUCAUGCUGAUCAAGCUGAGCGAGCCCGCCACCCUCAACCAGUACGUGCAGCCUGUGGCUCUGCCCACCAGCUGUGCUCCCGCUGGCACCAUGUGCAAAGUCUCUGGCUGGGGCAACACCAUGAGCUCUGUUAGCGGCGACCAGCUGCAGUGCCUGGACAUCCCCAUCCUGUCUACCAGGGACUGUGAGAACUCCUACCCCGGCAUGAUCACUGAUGCCAUGUUCUGCGCUGGAUACCUGGAGGGAGGCAAGGACUCUUGCCAGGGUGACUCUGGUGGCCCCGUCGUGUGCAACGGUGAGCUGCAGGGUGUUGUGUCCUGGGGCUACGGAUGUGCUGAGAGGGACCACCCUGGUGUCUACGCCAAGGUCUGCCUCUUCAACGACUGGCUGGAGACCACCAUGGCCAGCUAUUAAGCCUGAACCUGAGAUCACCAUCUCACUCUGCUGCCUUUCUUCUAUCAUUCUAACAACUGUUUUAAAAGAUGUGCAGCCAUUUUCCAUCUGAGUCAAUAAAGUUUCAUGUCUUUAUUUGAAAAUGA